AUGAAGCUCGCAUUCGCUACAGCCAUUUUCGCCGCAGUCACCGGCACCACAGCCCUCCAAGCGAACGAGCUAUGUGGGGAUAAUAAGAACUGUGAAUCGGCCUGUCAAAACGGGCAAUACUACAUUGUGUCGAAUAACGGUACCGCAUUCUUUGGGUGCAAGCUCUCAGCGCAGACUAAAGACUAUAAGUUGAUGUGGUGUCUUAGAUCAGAUGCACCCUCUGUUGAUGAAGCAUACAAUGUUAACGGACAUCGUUCCGUCUGCGAGGCGGCAGUAGGAGUUGUCAACAAUUGCCACAACACAUGUGUCAUCCCUCAGACUAAGGAGAAAGUUUACAAGAAAUCUUGCUCUGAGAGCAAGGGCAAAGCAUACGCUGUUUAUGAUAAGCUUUUUACCUACGAUGAUGCGGAGGCUGAGGUUAAGAUAGGAUGCGAGUAUUGA